AUGGCACUAGACAGACACCCAACAGUUCUUCGCACUUGUUUAAUAACAGAGAUUGUGAACAAAAUGAAGUGUUGUAUUAGUUUCUGGACGUUCUUAUUGUUGUGUCUCCUCCAAUUUUCCGCGGUCACUUCAGACAUAACAGACGGAAACGCUGAACACUUAAAACGAGAGCACUCACUCAUAAAACCAUAUCAGGGUGUUGGAACCGGUCAGUCAAGUCAGUGGGACUUUUGGGGUAGUACGUUAGUCACGAGCCAGUAUGUGCGCCUCACUUCCGAUGAGCGCAGCAAACAAGGCUCCAUUUGGAACACAGUGCCCUGUUUUUUGAAAGACUGGGAGAUGCAUGUGCAGUUUAAAGUCCAUGGGGCGGGAAAGAAGAAUUUGCAUGGGGAUGGCUUUGCAAUUUGGUAUACGAAGGAGAGGCUGCAUCCUGGGCCAGUCUUUGGAAACCAGGAUCAUUUUGUCGGCCUAGCUGUUUUUGUGGACACCUUUCGCAAUGACCUUCAUGGAAUGGAUCGUUCCUUCCCAUACAUCUCCGCAAUGGUAAACAACGGCACGUUGCCGUACGACCACGGAAAAGACGGGCGCUCGACCGAACUGGGCGGCUGCUCCGUGGAGAUCAGAAACAAGGAUCACGACACCUACCUCGCCAUCAGAUACUCCAAAGGCAGACUCACGAUUAUGGUUGAUGUGGAUGACAAGAAUGAGUGGAAGGAAUGUAUCGAUAUCGGAGGGGUCCGUCUGCCCACUGGGUAUUAUUUUGGGGCCUCUGCGGCCACAGGGGACCUCUCUGACAACCAUGACAUCAUUUCCAUGAAGAUGUAUCAGUUGAUGGUGGAACACACUCCUGAAGAGGACAACGUGGACUGGACUAAGAUUGAACCAAGCGUCAGUCUGCUCAGGUCACCCAAAGAUAACAUCGAUGAUCCAACAGGAAAUUUCCGCAGUACUCCUCUCACUGGAUGGAAAGUCUUUCUCCUGCUGCUCUGCGCUUUGCUUGGGAUUGUUGUCUGUGCCGUCGUGGGAGCAGUGGUCUUUCAGAAGCGCCAGGAAAGAAAUAAAAGAUUUUACUAAAACAGAAACCCCCCCGCCCUCCAAAACAAUUUUAAAGGACCGUGUAGAACAUGGCUGCGAGACUUCAAUGUGAAUUUUUAAAGAUUGUAUAAAUGUUUCUAUUAUCGAGGAGCUGAAAAGGAGAAAGUAACCUGAGAUGUUUUCCAACAUUCACAAAGCAGAUGUGGUUUAUGAUGGCCGAGGAUUAUAAGUGGUCUUUUAUUUUUUUUUCUUUCUUUCUUCUUCUUCUUCUUCUUUUUUUUUUUUUUGUGGUUAGGAAAGAAUGUCAUGAUUUUUCUUAAGGUAUCAAACUUUUAAAACACUGGUAAAGUUACGGCUUUCUGGAUUGUUCAUUUUAGGCAUACCUGCAUUAGCUAUUUUUUCC